AUGGCCUUGUCCACGCUAGUCAACCACUACCAAGCUCUCGACCCGUCCACCCGCAAUGUUUUGGCUGUUUCGGCAGGGGUGACUACCGCCUACGUAUUUUUCGGAUGCCUGCGCGACUUCUUGCACAAACGACGCCUUCAUGCAAUUGUGGCCCGGAGGCAGGCUGAACGCAGUGAAAGCCUGAAGAAUGCCGAAGCUUCUUCCCACAAAACGACGGAAGCCCGUCGAAAUGAGAUCGGCCACAUGGACUACAAUACAUUGUCAGCGGCAUUGAAAUCCGGCAGCGUCUCGCCGACCGAGGCUCUUCAUACCUACCAGUGGAAAGCGCUCGAAGCGCACCGCAACACCAACUGUAUCACGCUGUUCAUUAAGGAAGCAAAUGAAUGGGCCGCUGAACUAGAACAGAAUCCACCCGAGCCACGACCUCCACUUUAUGGAAUGCCAAUUUCGGUGAAGGAAUGCGUGCCGGUGAAGGGCUACGACGGGACCCGCGGAUAUGUGAAUGAAUGCUAUAUGCCGAACGAUCGAGACUCUGUUAUGGUGGAACAUAUUCGGGCCCUCGGCGGAAUCCCAUAUGUCCAAACGAACGUACCGCAAUCCCUGCUCGCCUAUUCGUGCUACAACCCAGUGUAUGGAACUACCAAUCAUCCCGAUCAUAAAGAUCGGACGCCUGGCGGAUCGUCGGGUGGCGAAUCAGCGUUGAUAGGUGCCGGCGGAAGUCUACUGGGCAUUGGCGGGGAUGUCGGGGGAAGCAUCAGGUUCCCGUGCCACUUCUGCGGAAUCGCUGGCAUCAAGCCGUCCCACAUGCGUCUAUCUCAUCGGGGCGUACUUGGGUCAGUACCCGGCCGGCCGUUGAUAAAUGCCAGCGAUGGACCAAUGGCUCGCGACGUUCACACUUGCGUCGAGUUUUUGAAAACGGUUUGGUCGGAUGACUUCAUACAUCAACGAGAUCCCUACACGGUGCCGGUGCCAUGGAACGAGCGACAUUUCCAAAAAGGGACUCGCUACCGGAUUGGGUAUUACACCGACGAUGGUUGGUUUACGCCAACGCCGGCCCUGCAACGCGCCGUACGGGAGACAAAGGAAAUGCUGGAGGCGAUGGGUCAUCAGCUAGUCCCCUUCCAACCACCCCGAAUCGAGGAUGCCGUGUCGAUGUUCAUCGGAGCAGUAUGCGUAGACGGUGGCAGAUAUCUCAUCGACAAGAUCAGCAAUGAUUUGAUGGAUCCGCGCUACGGGCCGAUGUUGGGGUUGUACAAGCUGCCGUUCUGGGUUCAGUCACUGAUCGCGCUCCUCGUCAAGCCCAUCUACCCCCGCAUGGCCCAUUCACUAACUGCCAUGCCGAGGACGACUUCCGAGCUGCGCAAAAAAUACGAGGCGAUUGAACACUACCGUUUCGAGUACAUCGAUGCCAUGCAGAAACAGGGCAUCGAUGCUGUGCUCAGCCCCGUGACUGUCACCCCGGCACCGCAUCACGAAGUCCCGGUUAAAUUGUUUUCCGUCAUCUCCUACACCGGCAUCUAUAAUCUACUCGAUUUUGCCGCUGGGACUGUUCCUGUUACGCACGUCACACAGAAAGACGAUGACGAUCUUGAUAAAUAUCCGACUUCAGACCCUUGGUAUCGACUCGCAAAGAGUACGACAAAGGGAGCCCUUGGGCUGUCAGUCGGAGUCCAGGUAGCCGCACCACCGUUCCGCGAAGAAGUGGUGCUGCGCAUCAUGCAGGACAUUGAAAACCAUCAUAAACAGACCGAUUAU